GCUGCAGCACUCACUGCUUCGCUAAUCCGGGCUCUGGGAAAUAAUUUCCCGCCGCGCGCUCAGCAGCCCCGGAAGCAAUUGUGGAAUUUCCGGGUGGUUGUUAGUGACGCUCUCGAGCUGUCGUCAGGGAGGAGUGAGCGGGUGCGGGGCUGCACUUUGUGGCCACUGGGUCAGGCUUCUUUCGGAUCAGCGCCGGAGGUGGGAGACUGGUACACUUAAUAUAUUUUGGGAAAAACUCUGCUGAAGAUAAUGAAGACAGAGCAGCUUUUUUACUGACAGACUUGUAAGGAAAUUAUUUUCUACCUACUUAAGAUUAGAAGACCAGCUCAUUCCUCCAGUUUUCUGAAACAAAAAUAGUUCCUCAGAAUGGAUUGGGAAGAUGAAUAUUCCCUUAAUUCUUUUGACCUACAUUGUUUAUUAAAUUCAUUUCCCGGAGACUUGGAGUUUAAGCAGAUCUUCAGUGACAUUGAGGAAAAGAUCAAGCAGAAUGCUACAAGCAUAGAACGUUGCAUUAAAGAAAUACAGUCAGAAGUUCACAAACAGCGUCCAGAUGUACAGCUUCAAACAACAACUGACUGCUUUGAAUGGCUUAACAACUAUAGUUAUAACUCAUCUAAGUCACCUUCCAUUCCCCAUGGAGAUUUGAUAAGAUUCCUCAAAACAAUGCAGGGUUUGCUGAAGAAUGAACAAAAUCAAGAGGAAAUGAUUCUGGAUUUACUUUGGGGCCUCUCCUGUGAAAGCAGUGUUUCAUUCCCAUCUACUCUAAGUGGGACAACUUUCCAAUUCCUCUCCAGGACUUCUCUUCAUUCCGUUGAAGAUCAUUCCUCUAUGGAUGUAAAGUCUACAUGGGACGACAUAAGACUGCAUCUUCGACGCUUCUUAGUGAACAAACUACAAAGCCAUAAUGAAGUAAACAAUUCACAGCAGAAAAUUUUAUUGAAAAAUCAGUGCAUACGGCAACUCUUGUUCCUUUAUCCAGAAUCAGAAGUUAUAGUCAAGUACCAAAAUAUACAGAAUAAACUUUUGGCUAACCUUCUGCAAAACUGCUUUCCUUCUUAUAGCAGAGAAUCAAAUUUAGACUUAAUGGUUCAUGAAUACCAAAGUGCAAUGCUUAAGUUAUACUCAAUGGUACAAGAGGAUUUUAACACACUACAUGAGAUUUUAGCUCCAUCCUCAACAGCGAAAUUCGUUACAAAAACCUACCUGAAUACGGUUACAGAAGAAAUGGCAAAAUUUCUUGAAAAAUUUUGUGAGCUGCAGUUCAAAGAAAAAACUGUUCGUGUGGUUAAAACAAGCAAGAGCUCCAGCAAGCAUAGAGGAGCAGUACAUGCUUUGGUUGCUCCUGAGUGCCCACAGAAAGGAAGAAACUUCUCUCUCUCCUUAUAUGAGCUCAUAUUCUUAUCACAGCUCAUAAACUCCCUUUUGAAGCUAGAAAAAAAUGUUCAAGAAUUGUUUGAAGAAAUGUUUUUAUCACUCAAGAUGCCUAGGAAUACUUCAGGCAUUUUGGAGACAUCCAGUAAAGAAGUUAUAGGGAAACCUAGAGCAAAUGAAGCCAGUAUUCCUUCAGAGCAAUUGCUACCAGGAAAAGAGGCUACUUUACUAGAGUUUGGCUGGAGAAAUGCAUUUAAAGAAGUAUCUCCUUCCAUGGCACAUUGCAUGAUAACAGCAAUUGAAGAUUUUUCUACAAAAAUUCUCCAACAGGAACAGAAUGAAAGAUCUCUGGCUGUAAGCUAUACUAUGAAACUUGUAAACGUCCAGCAGGUUUGGCAAGGCAGUCACCUGAUUCCUGAGGAGGACCAACCAAAGAAAAUUGCAAAGUUUUGUUCUGACAUCAUGGAAAAACUUGACACAAUGCUUCCACUGGCUCUGGCAUGCAGAGAUGAUUCUUUUCAGGAAAUUAGAGCAAACUUUGUGGAGGCCUGUUGUAAAGUGGCAACAGCUGUCCUAGCGAGACUGCAGGAGAGAGGCAAGGAGGUCCCUUCCAAAGCACCCCUGAAAAACUUGCACACACUGCUCUCCACAGCUGUAUACGUCUUCCAGCAUUUUAUGCGCUAUGAUAAUUUGAUGAAAGAAACGACUAAGAAACCCGUAUUCCUGGUGCCUGUCCAACGAUAUCAGGAAUUCAUCAACACUCUACAGUUUCAAGUUACGGACUACUGCGUCAGAGUUUGUGCUACAAGCAUUUUACAGGAUGCUGAGAGCCACCACUGGGAUGACUACAAAGCUUUUUAUGAGGGGGAAAGAUGCUCCUUCUCGCUCCAGAUGUGGCAUUUUUUCUGCUGGGCUCUUCAUCACGAUCUCUGGACCAUUCUGCCUCCUAAAGUAGCCCAGGAGGUUCUUGCAGAAGUCCUAGAGAAAUCUCUGGGUCUCCUGGCCUCCAGAUAUGCUCGGGCCCACCCCAGUUAUAAGAGAACUCCACAGAUAAGACUUGAUGUCACAACAAUUUUAAUAUGCACUGAGAACAUGUUAUGGUCAGUCUGUACAUCCGUACAGAAACUUUUGAAUCCUCAUGAAUAUAUAGAUAAUAAAAUUUUUAAAAUUCACACUCAUUGUAAUAAUCUGCUUACAACGUUAGUCAUUUUGACUUCACCAUUAACAGAAUUAUAUAAGACAUUUCAGCAUGGCAUAGAUGAUUCUGCUUCAGAUUCCUUGAAGUCUUUUUUAAACCAGCCAUUAUAUUGGUUUUCUGGCAUAGCACAUUUCUGCCCUUCUUUUCUCAGGACUCCAUCAGCUGGAGGACUGACAGCCGAGGGUCAAUUGAAACUGCUCUUAUCCCAGCCGUGCUGUAAUUGGAACCUGCUUCUGGAAACCCUACUGCAUCAUGAUGGUCUCUUACUGAGAAUCUUGUUGAAGAGCUCAAAAUGUGCUUUUGGAGAACAAGUUUCUGAUACAGAAAAGAAUCUGAACCAAGGAUCCGGCUUGAUAGAAGCCAUCUUUAACGUACUGUACCAUUGCAAUUUUUCUCCACAAACAUUUGGAAAUGUUUUUGUGAGCUACAUAGAAGAAGAACAACUAUGGGACUUUUUAUAUAACGUUCCAGCCUCCACAUGCAUGGAGUCCGAGAUAGAGGUCAUGCGGUGCCUGAGACUGGCACUGACGGAUGCCAUCAAGGACACCGUAAAGCAGAUAAUAUCUGUGAUGAGCUCUGGGAGAAACCGGGAGACAAACAUAAACAAGCACAGUGUUCCUGAAUGUUUGCUUAAGAACAUUCCAGAUGAAUGGAAUUAUAUUCCAGAAGAAACCAAAAGGAGAGAAUCAAGCAAAGGCUUCACAAGGCUUGCUGCUCAGGCGGUAUCUAUUGUAAUCAGCAAGUUACCUACAGUGAUUGCAUGUUUGCCUCCCCCAAUUAAAUACUUCUUUUUUCUGUCUGAGAGAAAAAUGUCAAAAAACUUUGUUGAAUUGAAGAAAGCUGGCCUGCUUGUCUGGAACUUGAUUGUAAUUAUAUGUCGGAUAUUUGAGGAUGGAAACACUGUGGAACUUUUAACAGGUGCCUCCCUUGACAGAUGGUGUAAAGAGAAACUCAGUUUAAUCUGUGUGUGUUUAGAAAGCAUCAUGAGAGAGCAGACAAGUAACCCUAAUCAAGUGACCCGGAAGGUCAUACAGAGCAUUGAGCAGCAAAAGCCCAACUGGAUUGAACGCCAAUUGUUGAAAGCAAGGAAAUUGAGCACUGAAUGUGCAUUUAUGACAAUAGAGAAAAGCACUGCUUUAGAAGAAGGAGAUAUUGCUCGUGAACUGACUGAGCAGAAAAUAAACACGAUGGUCCUGGAUAUCUGCCACAAACCAGGUGGCAGCGAGUACCUGAGGCAAAUUUAUCACAUCUUGCGGCUCAAUGAGGAAUAUUUAAAAGAACAGCUGUUUUCAAUGAGUGGUUCAGAGGAAAAGCCAUUAUCCAUCCGACCUUUAAAGACAAUGACAUUGAGGAGUAUGGACGAUGAGCCUUCUGCCUUUAACCCUUUCCAUGUGUAUAAGGUGUUUAGUGAAAACAUGCUAGAUCAGUCAGCCAUCACAAAAUGGAACUGGAAUUGGUCAAACUUGCUGCCAAAUUAUCUGGGACUGGAUAAAAUGACCUUCAGUGCAUUGCUCAAAAACAGGUGGGAAAUGAGAAAGGAUGAAACACUGGAAGAGGAAGAAAAAGCAAUGCUGGAACAUUUAAAACGGAUUUACACCAUACAGAACUCUUCUGCCUCAGAUCACACAGAGGAACAGUAAUCUGCAGAAAACAGCAGCAGCUAUAUUUUAGGAAAUAAUCACAUGUAAUGGAGUAGAAUUUUUACUACAGUCAGAAUGUAUCUCAGAUGUGCUGUGAAGCAUGAAACCGAUGACUGAUUAAUCUCUGUACUGGAAAGGAAUACAACACAUAAAAAAUAAGGUGCUACAUAUUUUUUAUUUCAAAUAUAAUUUCAAAUCUUUUUCCCCAACCUCUCUUUCUGCGAUAUAACUGCUGCCAUCUCGUGUUCCCUUGGAAUUAUUUUUCCUCCUCUCGUUCAGGAAGUAUCUAUGACAACAGGCAAAAUGUUUGGAAAUCUUUUCUCCAAGGAUAUUUUAAUACAACGUUUGAAUUUUAAGUUUUCAAUAUAAUUCUAUAGCUGUAGCCCAAGUCCAGGUCUUAAUAGCCUUUACUACCCACCAUUGUACAUAAGCCUCCUUUACCAUAGCUUUUUCCUUAUCUUCACCCAAUUUCUCUUAAUUACAGCUACAAAGAGCACCCUCUUGAAGUGUUACUUCAGUCAUGUCUCUGCCCGUAGUGGCUUUUCAGUACUCCUCUACAUCAUCUUCAAACUCAUGAACAUAUGCCUUAAGGUCUUCUACCAAAUGGCUCCAUGUUCAGCCAACUGCCCGCUACCAUCUUGAUUCAAGCCACACUCUCGCCAUUCUUCCUAACCCAAAUCCACCUUUCUCCCAAAAUUAUGUUUAAAAUUCAUUCCAUCAAUCUCUACCACACGGCUCAUUAUGUGUAAUUCCCAUAACGUUAUGUUCAUUACAUUCAGACACACACACAUACACACCCUAAGGAGACAGAAUGUGUUCUAGUGCCCUCUCUGCCGAGUACAGUUAUAAAUAUUUAUUGUAUCCUUCCUCCCUAUCAGUGCCUUUAUUGAUUGAUUAUAUUAUAAAGAUUAUUAGAUUAUAAUGACCUUGUCGACCUGAUAAUAUAAAGCCCCCUUUCAAAACUCCCCAUAUGCCUACUACAGUGUUAUUCAAACACAAUUGUUUGAAUGGCUGACACUGAAAAAAAGCAACAAAGACAAUUACAGGCAGUCCCUGGAUUAUAAACAUCUGACUCAUACUGAAGAACAGACUGCUGUAGAGCCUAUUAUAUUAAAAAUUUGAGUUAAAUACAUACAAUGGCUCAUAAUAACGAAUCCAUGCACUACUCUGUGACACUCAUGAAAACACUGUGCAGUUUGGAAGUGUUAAGUGUUUUAUAUGCCCAGAAAGAUAAAAUGUAUACUAUAUACUAAGACAAACAUUUGACAAACUGACACUAAAUAAGAACUGUACGCACCUAUUCUGAUUUACCUACAAAUUGGACUUAAAGACAGACUUAGGAAUGGAUCUUGUUCAUAACCCAGAGACUGCCUGUAGACUGUUGAGCAAUCUGCAAGACAUCUGGGAGAAAUCUUAUAUCAUGGACUAUUUUAGACUCACAUGACGUCAAAUAGCAUAGCUUUGGAUGUGUGUGUGUGUGUGUGUGUGUGUGUAUAUAUAUAUAUAAUAGAUCGUCCAUGUUCCCACAUUCUGUGAUUUUUAUAAAAUAUGUGUAGGCUACAUGACUUCCAAAGAAAAGUAAUUAUGCAUUUUUCAAAAAGUGAAAGUUUUGGGGAGGGCAAAAUAAGUCAUCUUCAAAAAAUCUCUUGCAUUACUUCUUUAAAUAAAAACACACAAAUGUCCAUGUACCCAGAUGCCUGCCAAAUAACACAUUUUAUUUUUAAAGAAUGUACUUCAGUUGGCCAGUAUAAUCAUGAGCCAAAUGUUUUAAGACAUGAUUGAAAGAAUUUCUGAAUAUUUUAUGCAGACCACUGAAAAAAUUGUAAAAAAAAAAAAAAUUAUAAAAACGGGACUUUCCAUCUACUCUUACCAAGCCAUUAUGUUAUAUAAGCCUAAUAGAUUUCUUCAAACAGUUACUACAACAGUCAACAUAAGGCAAUAGUUGACUUUAAUCCCUUUGCUUUGUAGUGGUCUACAUACUAAAGCUGCAAAACUAUGCUUUAUUAGACUUGGCACUAAAGUGGAAAGUCAAAAUAAAAAUAAAUGGAUCCAAUAAGCUAAAUGAAAUAAUAUUACAAAGUUUUCACAGGAUUUCACAUUUGGAUUCUGUCUUCUAAUAUAUCUAAAGAUCGUCUUUUAAAACUGUUUUUACUGAGUCUGAUAUAUUUCUGUACUAAUUUUGGGAAGUGAUUUAGUUCUGCAGAGAAAUUUCUCUAUGGCUCCUUUUUGAAAAGGAAGAAGUAUAGUAAAGGGAAGAACAGGAAGAGUUGGAAGAUGGAAAAAGUGGGAGAGAGGAAGAGCUUGCAGUUGAUUAUUUUCUAUAUUCGCUCAGUGAAAUUACAGUAGCUACAAAUGCAAUAAAGUUUAUCAUUGGAAAUGUUGAAUGAUAAGUCAUUGAUUAUCAGAUAGUUUUGACUUUAUACUUGAUAUGUUUCUUCAAGUAUGAUAAGGAGUGGGAUUUCAAAACACUUGUUCCUUCUCACAUUUAUUUUGCAUUUGUAUAAAUUAGCAACAUAAUGAAGCCUAACAUUUUAUAACUCCCUAUUUGCUUACUACAAAAAUAUUAACUUUAUAUAAAAUAUUGUCUUCCUUCUGUAUUCUGUUAUUUUAUAUGUAACUACAGAGACACCUAUUUUAUUAUUUGUUUAGAAGUUACCAUGCAGAAACUGUGAAAUGAUUUUUUAAUAAAAUAUAAAAGAUAGUGUCUUUCAGAUAUUUUACAUUUUUGUCAUCUACACCAACCAUUGUUAUAAACGUAGCAAUUGUAAUCAAGGAAUAGGAAAAUAAACCACUUAUUUUGUCUACAAAUAUGUGCCUGCUUAUAAUGUUCCAUUAUCCUAUUCCUAUCUACUUGAGUCAAAGAGAGGUUAAGCAGGUUGUAAUUAGCAUGUCUUACUCUAAC